AUGCCAGGCUGUCCUGCAUUCCUCUUCUUCCCGCGCUUCAAGUCGUAUACCCAAGUCAACACAAUGAUGUGGGAUCUGCGCGGCAACGACGCCGCCCAAGAUCGGCGACGUUCUCCAAAUCCCAGAUUUCCAAUGCCAUCAGAACUUCAUCGAUCCCAUGAUCCGUUCCCAAAGCCAUUCGUACCGCUCGGUCUGCCCGACGUUCCACGAUCAGCGUCACCAAAUCCCCGCAUGUAUUCACGUGAGAAUCUCCCUUCGCUUAUUCAUGAGGGCUUUCCUUCUCGCGGGCGCCCACCUCCCCCACCAAUCCCGCAUGCAACGCGACCGCCCCAGUCUCCCUAUAUGUCUCUACAUCCACCUCACCCAUUAAUGUCUCGUCGUUUGACACCUCCUCCACCCAUGCCCGUUCCGCAAUUUGUUUCAAAGUUAUCAAAUGUCCAACCGUCAUCCAGAAAUAAUUACACUGAUACUCGCACUCGCACUCACACUCACACCCAAGGUCAAUCUCACAGACACGGACAUCACCAACAUUCUCAUCCGACUUCUACCGCAACUCAGACUAUUCGUCGCACCACCUCGCAGCAGCUCCGUUUCGCACCACCCACACAGCCUUCAUCCGCAAGCAGUACGCGAAAUUUGCACCGCUCACGUUCUUCACAACAUCUACGUCCGCCAACGCCACACUCAGGUCCUUCAGGUCACGGUCACCGAUCGCGCGUAAACUCGGCAAGUAGUGCACAUAAGCCUAUAAUUCAACCUCAGCAGCAGGUGCAGUCACAUGUUCACCAACAGGUCGUGCAUCAUAACGGUCAUGUUCAUUUUCAAUAUUCGAAAUGCACCGGGCGGAAGAAAGCACUCUGCAUCGGAAUCAACUACAAAGGUCAACGACGCGAGCUUCGGGGCUGUGUCAACGAUGCACACAAUGUAAAGCGGUUUUUAACAUCCAAUUGGGGCUACAAAGAUGGCGAUAUUGUAAUGUUGGUCGAUGACACCGAUAAUUUGAGGCAAAUGCCCACAAGGAAAAACAUUCUCGAUGCGAUGCGUUGGCUUGUGAAUGACGCUCAUCCUCAUGAUGCGUUAUUUUUCCACUACUCGGGUCACGGAGGACAGGUUCCGGAUAAGGAUGGGGACGAAGUUGAUGGACUUGAUGAAGUUAUAUACCCUGUCGACUACAAGAAAGCCGGAAUGAUUGUUGAUGACGAAAUGCACCGCAUCAUGGUCAAAUCGUUGCCAACAGGCUGCCGUCUGACUUCUUGUCACUCCGGAACGGCACUGGUAUUCGGACUGAUCAUCUUGCAGUAUCAUUCGAAUGGGCGCCUCAAGGGGAACCACAUCGCUCGCCAGGCUCAAGCACAGAAGGCCACAAAUGCUGACGUGAUAUCAUUUGCUGGUUGUCGUGAUGAUCAAACCAGUGCUGACACAACGCAGGGUGGCAUGGCUGUUGGGGCUAUGAGCUACCCAGUACAAAGUUACCAAGAACUGCUCAAGUCUGUUAGGGCCAUUUUGAAGCAUCAUUAUCAACAGAAGCCGCAACUGUCGAGCUCGCACUACAUCGUAAGCACUUGUCGUUUGUAG